AUGCUGGCCUCUCUCGCCCUCCUCCUGGGGCUGCCACUCGCCCUUGCUGCCGAGCCCCCCAGCUGCGCCCCGCUCGUCCCGGUCACCUUCGACAAUGCCACCAUCCCUGGGCUCCUGGGACAUUGGAUCUACAUCGCCGGCGCCUCCAGGUACCCGCCUCACCUGGAAGAGCUGAAGGCGGUGAAAUACGCAGCUUUUUCCUUCUCUCCUGGCAGCCACGAGGACGAGCUCAACGUCACCGAAAUCAUGAGACUGAACGAGACGUGCGUGGUGAAGAACACCAGCAAGAUCCUGGUCUUUUGGCACAACUCCACCCUGGCGCAUGUUGAUGACCAGGUGGCUUCCACGGCCAAACUGAUCCAAAGCGACAAGGACCUGCUGAUCCUGAAGCACCUCAACACCAACUUCCCAGGUCUGAGCCUCUCAGCCCGAAACCUGAGUGUGAGCACAGCCCACCGGGAAGAGUUCGAGCACCACGCCAAGUGCCUGGGGCUGAGCAAAGAGGAGAUGGUGUACGCGCCGUGGAAAACGCGGGGAGAUAGCUAA